GACUGCGUGUGUUAUUUUAAAAUUACCUCUAUUCGAAGAGUAAUGUGAUCUACGAUUGUGGUCUGAAAUAUUCUUUAUUCUACUAAAUUCGUGAAAUGGUGUUGUAAUUUUUUAAGUUCAGAAGUGAAUCACAUACGACAAAAGUGUAUAUCUCUUAUCGUUUUGAAUUUGACGUAAACUAUAAAAAAAAUAUCAUAGACGUAACACAUUUUCAGUUAAAACUUGUAAUAAACACUCACGUUCACAGACUCGAUAUGUUGGGAAUUGUUGUAAUUUUAUGCGGGUUAAUUAUUUGCCUGCUUUAUUAUUAUCUUACUGCACCCUACAAUAUUUGGAAAACAUUCAAUAUACCUGGACCUCCACCUAUGCCAUUUUUUGGUACAAUGAAGGACGUUAUACUCCACAAAACAUCACUUAAAAAAUAUUUGAAAAAUCUGUACGAUAUCUAUGAGAAUACACCGUUCGUAGGAAUGUUUUACAUGAGAGAACCGGUUCUGAUGAUAAAAGAUCCUGAAUAUAUAAAGGAUAUUUUUGUUAAAGAUGCUGCGUUAUUUUCUAGCCGAGGUUUCUUUUCUGAAAGAAACGAGGACAUAAUGAAACAUUCUUUUUUCUUUGCGGACGGAAGAAUAGCGCAACCUAUUAGAUCAAAAAUAUCAUCUAUUUUAAUGCCUAGCAAACUUAAAGAUAUGUAUCGUAUGAUGCUAAAAAUUAUGAAACUUUUGGAUAAUUAUAUCGAAGAAUUAUUAUCCAGGAACGGUCACGUGAUAAAUUGUACUGACAUGGCGUCUAAAUUAAUUCUCGAUGUAGUCGGUCAUACUAUUUUAGGUAUUGAAAUGCAAAAUUUAACGAAAGGUAUGACAGAAGGAAAUGAGAUUGUUACAUUUUCCAAACUGAAACAGCGUGAAACAUUCUGGGGUAAUUUAACGAAGAUAAUAAUGAGGAAGAUAUCUCCACGAUUGUACAACUGGAUUAAUAACUACCUAUUCGAUAAUGUUAAAACAUCACAGAACUUGGUCGAUUUUAUUUUCAAUAUCAUGAAGUACAGAGAAGAACAUGGCAUUGUCAAAUCUGACGCCAUUAGUAUAAUGAUGGAAUUAAAACAAAAUCGUAAACAUUUCGCUGAAAUAAUGGACACAGAUAUAACUGAUGAGUUUAUCGCUUCGCAAGUUUAUACUCUGAUCUUUGCUGCCUACGAGACAUCUAAAGUAACGAUUUGUCUCACAUUGUACGAAUUGGCUUUAAAUCAAAAUGUUCAAGAUAAAUUACGAAAAGAAAUACGGGACGUGUACGAAAGAAACAAUAAUGAAAUGGAUUUUGAGAAUAUAAACGCAAUGCCUUACUUAAAGGCAAUCAUUUAUGAGACGUUGCGAAAAUAUCCAGUAGCAGAUUGCAUACAACGAGAAACAUCAUCAAGUUAUACUUUUAAAAAUACUAAUAUAACUGUGCAAAAAAACCAGAAAGUUCUCAUACCUUUAUAUGCAAUCCAUUAUGAUUCAAAAAUAUACCCUCAGCCAGAAAUCUAUGAUCCAGAUAGAUUCAUGGAUCAAACUAUACAACAUUCAACAUAUUUCUUAUCAUUUGGACGUGGACCAAGAAAUUGUAUCGGUGAAAGAUUAGCUGUUCUUCAAAUUAAAAUUGCACUUAUCAGUAUUCUGCGUAAUUACAAACUUGAUGUUUGUGAAAAAACAUUAUUAAAAUUAACUAUUAAUGAAAUGGUUAAUAAACCAGACGUAGAUAUAUUCUUGAAAAUGACAAGAAUCAACUAACUGUUUUGUGUAUGUAUGGAUGUUUACAUAAAUUAAUAUUGGAUAUACGAAUAGAUAUGCAAAUAUUUAUUUAAUUUCAGAAUUUAUCCAAUAUAAUUUGAUUUUACUUAAGUUUUUACUAUAUAGCAUAUAUAU